AACUACAAAUAUACAAACUUUUCCUGGUCCAAAAUGCCACAGCUCUCAGCCGCUCGCCAAUGGCUGCCCUAACAUUCAUUCACCAAAAUCUUCUUCACUCUACUCCGAAACUCACGACCUCAAAACCAAACCUUAAACCCAAAAGAACCAAAACCAAACUCUCUAUCCAAACAAUUAGAGAGUCUCCACAAGCUUCUUUUACUGAUCAAUUUGUUCUCCAAUUAGCUGACUCAUUAGAAGACUCUCUCCCUUCUUCUUCUUCUUCUUCUUUGCCACUUCAAAAGCUUAGAGACAACUCCUCUGAAACCCUUCUUUCAACUCAAUGGCCCUCUCGGAAAGACGAGUCUUUUCGCUUCACAGAUACGUCUUUUAUCAAGAAUUCAGAUAUAAACCCAAUUUCUCACCCACCAAAUUCCCUUGAUUUAUUGGAGGUUUCGAGAGAUACCCAGUUUGAAAUUUUCAACUUCGUUGAUGGGUUUCUCGUGGAUUCUUCUUUUAGUUCAUCAAAUUUGCCUGAUGGUGUAUAUGUAGGUAGCUUGUCAAAGUUAUCUUCAGAGGGAAUUCUCAAAAGGGUAUGUGAACUUUUAGGUGAUUUUGAAUGGGGUGAUUUAUUUUGGUCUGUUAAUGGAUUGGGGGCACCUGAUUUGAUGGUUGUUUAUGUGCCUGAAGGGUGUAGAGUUGAGAAUCCUAUUUAUUUAAAGUACAUUGCAGUUGAGGGAGCUGAUAAGGGGUCUAAAAAGAUGCCGCUUUCGAAUCCGAGAGUGUUUGUCUUGGUUGAGAAAGGGGGGGAAGUCGGGAUUGUUGAGGAGUUUGUUGGUAAAGUAGGGAGUGAGUGUUAUUGGACUAAUUCAGUCUUGGAGGUGGUGGUCGGAGAAGGUGGAAAAGUUAGCCACUCUUAUUUGCAAAAGCAAUCUUUGAGUGCUGCUCAUAUCAAGUGGACUUCAGUCCGGCAGGAAAAAACUAGUACCUAUGAGCUUGUGGAGGUAAGCACAGGUGGAAAAUUGAGCAGGCAUAAUGUCCAUGUUCAACAAUUGGGCUCUGAUACAGUAACUGAGUUGACAACAUUUCAUUUGAGUGUUGGUGAUCAAACUCAAGACCUACACAGUAGAAUAGUUUUGGACCAUCCACGAGGUUAUUCUCAGCAAGUUCACAAAUGUAUCGUGGCUCAUUCAUCUGGGCAGGCAGUUUUUGAUGGGAAUGUGAAGGUGAACAGAUAUGCACAACAAACGGAUGCAGGGCAGCUAACAAGGAGCCUUCUUCUUGAACCUCGAGCAACUGUAAAUGUUAAACCCAAUCUCCAAAUUAUUGCUGAUGAUGUAAAGUGCUCGCAUGGAGCUGCAAUAAGUGACCUAGAAGACAGCCAACUCUUCUACUUUCAAGCACGGGGGAUUGAUUUGGAAAUUGCUAGAGAGGCUCUUGUCUUUUCAUUCGGGGCUGAGGUUAUUGAUAAGCUGCCCUAUUCUUUUGUCCAAAAGCAAGUAAAAGACCAUGUUAAAGCCUUGCUGAAAUCCAGGAGGAAGGGCUCUUCAUAAUCAUCCAUAAGUCAUGGCUUAUGUACCUAAUUAUGAUAAUUAUCUAUUUUUCAAAUAAUCAUCCCUCUGCUCAAAUAAAUUUUGUUCUUUUUUGGAAUAGAAAUGAAAAUUGCUGUACUAUCGAUUUGAUGUUUA